AUGUCAACUCAUCCUAGGCAACGUUCACAAUCCACUUCUCAUUACUCAACACAUACAGGUUUUCAUUCUCGUUCUAUUGAUGAACCAAUGUUACCAUUAAUUAAUUUAUUAAAUAAACAUAAUGAUUACGUUACCACUAGUAGUUGCUCCGGUAGAAUAGCAGUUUAUUGUGUUGGUGGUGGUAAAUGGUUAUUUGUAUCACACAUCAAGAUUGAAUUUCCAUCAGAAAACAUUAACAAUAAUGUUGACAAUAGAAAGGAAUUAAAUGAAUUUUCAUUAAAUACUGUUUUUGGCAAGGAAUGUGAAAAUGUCAUUUUAUUUAAUAGUAACAAUGUAGAAGAAUAUGAUUCAUUAUUAAUGGAAAAUCAAACCAGUGACAAUAGAUUAAUUUAUUUCAAAUUCGAACCUAUGAUUUUACAUAUAGAGACACGAACCUUGGAUUCAGCAAAAAACUUGGUCACCUUAGCAAUUAAUGCAGGUUAUCGUGAAUCAGUGAGACAAAUUGGUUUAAGAAAGUGUGGAGGUACUAUCAGUGAUGGAAAUGAUGGAGAUGUUUCGACUGUUGAUGACGAAAGUCAAGGUUUAGAUAACUCGUAA